AUGAUCAGCCGCCUAAAGGUCGGCCUGCGAGGAGAGAAGGCCGACGAACGAAACCGCGUGCGGGAGACUGGAGAAGACGACAGCGAGGCUGAGACGCCUGUGCAACAGACCCAGCGCAAAAAUCUUGUCGCCGCCAGCCGAUCUUGGUUCCAUCGCGCCGUCACCGAGCUGAUUCUGCGCCGCACAACCCUGCCGCCGUCCAAAGAUGGCCGCCACAUACCGCUGCGUCUGACCGACGAAAGCGCCCGUCCAUCCCAGCUUGUCGAUGAGCGCCGUAGCCAUGGCCGUGGAUACGUGGCAAAUGCCAUUCGCACCUCUCGUUACACCGUGUUCGACUUCGUCCCCAAGCAGCUGAUGUUCCAAUUCACGCGCGUCGGCAACUUCUACUUCCUCUGCGUCGGCAUUCCUCAGACGAUCCCCGGCGUCAGCACCACCGGCAACUUCACCACGAUCAUCCCGCUGCUCGUUUUUGUCGCCCUGACUGUCCUCAAGGAGGGAUAUGAUGAUUACAAGCGCCACUGCCUCGACAACAUCGAAAAUGCCUCCAUUGCGACUGUUCUUCGGCCGAUUGACGAGCUCCCCCAACACGGUCAGAAGUGGUGGUCAGCCUUCGUCGCGCUGUUGCUCUCGCUGCUGUCCCGGCUGAUCGGUAGACGCAAAUCAAGAUUCACGUCCGGAAACGUAGGUGGCCGAAGGAAGCACGUCGUUGACAACGAAACCUUUGCGGGCCUUCACUGGACUGGCAUUCAAUGGCGCCACAUCCGCGUCGGCGAUGUCGUCAAGCUCUCCCGGGACGAAGAGGUCCCUGCCGACGUGCUGCUGCUGCAUGCCGACGGUGAGGGCGGAUUGGCAUACGUCGAAACCAUGGCUCUCGACGGCGAGACGAACCUCAAGAGCAAACAGGUCCCUACUCCUCUGGCCGACGGCCGCUGCGCCUCCAUCGAAGGGCUGGCUUCGUGCUCUGCGGAGUUCGUUGUCGAGGACCCUAAUCCUGACCUGUACCAUUUUGAUGGUCGGAUCACGGUCGAUAAGGAAACGCUUCCCCUCACGUCGGCCGAGGUCAUCUAUCGCGGCUGCACCGUGCGGAAUACCCAGACCGCCAUUGGUCUCGUCGUCAACGCCGGGGAGGAGUGCAAGAGCCGAAUGAACGCCAAUCGUCAUCCCAGCGCCAAGAAGCCUGCUCUCGAGCUUGUCACCAACGGCAUCGUCAUGGUCCUCUCGUUGUAUGUCAUCUCCCUGACCACUGGUUGCUCCAUUGGCUACUAUCUUUGGCAUCGGAGCACUGAGCGCAUCUCCUGGUAUCUUUCCGAUGCCACCGUCAAUGCCGGCCAGAUUAUCGUCGGCUUUGCCAUUCAAUUCAAUAACGUCAUUCCGCUUGCUCUGUACGUCAGCUUGGAAAUUGUCAAGAUCGGCCAGAUGCUCCUCCUGAACUGCGACGCGGCCAUGUAUGACGAGGCUUCAGACACGCCUGCACAGUGCAACACCAACACAAUUCUGGAAAAUCUCGGUCAGAUUGGAUAUGUUUUCUCGGACAAGACGGGCACCCUUACCGAGAAUGUCAUGAAGUUCCGGAAGCUAAGUGUGGCUGGAACGUCCUGGCUGCAUGAAGCUGAUCUCCAACAGAAGACUUACCAAGGAGCAGGCCAGGAAGGAGAACAGGAUCGCCCGCGCAACAGUCUGCAUAUGGCACCAUCCAGGCUGUCGACGUCAUCAAGAGUCUUUUCGCCCCCUCGUGAGGAUCCCCCAGCAGCCGAUGCCUCAUCGGUGCUCUCGCCCAUCCAGGAUGGCAGACGGUCGUCAUCGGUCUGGCGCUCGACCGGCCGACCCGACCAUGCGCAGCCUGAGCUCACGACCGAAGACCUCAUCGAGUACAUCCGGCUCCGACCUUAUACGCCAUUCUCGCGGAAGGCUAUCACGUACAUUCUUGCUUUGGCCCUCUGCCACACAUGCAUUCCGGAAUUGGAGGAUGGUAAGGUUCUCGGCUUCCAAUCCUCUUCCCCGGACGAACUCGCCCUAGUUAGUGCAGCAGAAGAGCUGGGUUUCCUUGUCGUGCAAAAAUCGGCUCACUCGACGACGUUGCGCUUUACCUACACGAAUUCCGAACACCCGCCCGAGGAAGUGUACGAGAUCGUCGACGUCAUCGAGUUCAGCAGUCAGCGGAAGAGGAUGUCCAUCAUCGUCCGGCGUCCUGACGGCCAACUGUGGCUGAUCUGCAAGGGCGCCGAUUCUACUGUGUUGCCCCGACUGAAAAUGGCGCCCUUGGCGAUGCAGAAAGCCCGCGAUGUCCGCAAAAGCGCGGAUAUGGAACGACAGAUGAUUCGCAACAGCGAGCAGUAUGAGCCCAGGAGUAGCUUCGGAGGGCCAGCAAGCGUCAUGAUACGCAAAAGCAUCGGCGCAGGGCAUCGUGACAGGUUGGAUAAAGAUGGAAACGCGAUUCCCACUCUCACAAUUGAGCCAGGUGGUAGCUCGUAUGGCGGGCCGCGGUUGUCCAUGUCUGACCGGAGUCGUUCGUUUGAUAUGCAAAGACUUCCGAGGCGGUCAAUGGACGCUUUUCGGCCACGUCCGACAUCGAUGGCUCGCGGGCCCUCCUUGGACAUACCGUCUGGCAUGGUGAAAUCCGAUGUCCAGAGAUCCAGUUCAUUGGCUAACCGGCCAUUGCGGAUGCUUGUGCCGGCGGUGCAAAAGUUGCAGCAGCGGCCUCCCUUGCCGGAUAAAUUUUCCUUUCUUGAAGACGCCUCGUUGCCAGAGGGCGAGGGCGGCAUCUUCGAACAGUGCUUCAAGCACAUCGACGAUUUCGCAGCCGAAGGUCUGCGUACGCUGCUCUUUGCCCACAAGUUCAUCUCAGAAACCGAGUACCGGGCUUGGAAGAAGGAGUAUCUUGCGGCAGCAACCAGCCUCGACGACAGACAAGAACGUAUAGAAGCGGUCGCCGAAACUCUGGAACAAAACCUUAGUCUGAUCGGCGCCUCGGCUAUUGAGGACAAGCUGCAGAAGGGCGUCCCAGAGACUGUCGACAAGUUCCGUCGCGCAAAUAUCAAGAUCUGGAUGCUUACGGGCGAUAAGCGAGAGACGGCCAUAAACAUUGCCCAUUCUGCACGAAUUUGCCGGCCGGCGUCUGAAAUAUAUAUCUUGGACGCAUCCAGGGGCGAUUUGGCCGGCCAAAUGCUGCACGUGGCUGAAAGUCUUGGACUCCGUGAUGUGGGCGAUGUCGCUGAUGUUGUCGCUGCUCCUGGCGACCGACUCUGGGACUCAUUCUCGUUUUGGCUUGGCCGAUCAAAGGCAUGGAAACCACAGCAGCAACGCAGGAACCACACGGUAGUCGUGAUAGAUGGUCACACCCUAGGGAUCAUUGAAAAGCAACAGCAGAAUGCAGGCAAGAAAGCAACAUCAGCGUCCAUUUUCUCAGCGGACGCGGACCUUCGCGAACUCUUCUACACCAUCAUACCCGAAGUCGAUUCUGUUAUUUGCUGCCGCGCUUCUCCCUCUCAAAAGGCGCUGCUCGUUCGUAGCAUCCGGCAAGGAAAGGAGACUAGCAAACGACAACGCCAGCAGAACCCAGGCCUUACUCUUGCUAUUGGAGAUGGCGCCAACGAUCUGGCCAUGUUGGCUGAAGCCCACGUCGGAGUUGGAGUGUCUGGACGAGAGGGUCUGCAGGCAGCACGCGUGGCUGAUUACAGCAUCGCACAAUUUCGCUUCUUGGGUCGGCUGCUUCUCGUCCAUGGGCGUUGGAACUAUGUGCGUACAGCACAGUUCAUUCUCAGCACGUUCUGGAAGGAAAUGUUCUUUUACACCCCUGCUGCGGCAUACCAGUGGUACUGUGGCUACACAGGCACUUCGAUAUAUGAAAGCUGGAGCUUGACGGUGCUCAAUACCCUGUUCACCAGUCUGUGUGUCAUCAUACCGGCGAUCGUGGAGCAGGACCUCAGCCAGACCGUUCUGAUGGCUGUACCAGAGUUGUAUUCCUUUGGGCAGCGUAACCGUGGGCUCAACCCAUUGAAGUAUGUUUCUUGGAUGUUGGUAGCCGUGGCCCAAGGUGUCCUGGUCUGGUUCGGCUGCUGGGCUGGCUACGGUGCCUUUGCAAACAGCAAAGACACCGGUCUGUUCGCUCUCGGAGACCUCGUUUUCGCCGCGUGCAUUAUGUGGACCAAUGUCAAACUUUUCAUCCUGCACACGCACCACAAAUCGGUUCCUGUGUUGAUCGGUUUCUGGCUCACCGUCUUCGUAUUGUGGUUCUGGAACAUAUUUUUGUCGCUGGCACACAGCGCGUCCCCAUCUCCGUACGACGUUCGAGGCGGAUUCUUUCACGAGUUUGGACGUGAUUUGUCGUGGUGGCUGACCCUGAUCAUUGUCGUGACGGCUCUUACCGUGAUCGAUCUGAGCUAUGCUGCUGUCAAACGCAACUUGCGCUUUCGUAACAUCUGGCAGAGUAAGGAGGGACGCCAAGGCAGGCAUCUGUUGCUGUGGCCGCCGGCAUUCUGGGGACGUAAAAGGUCGUCUUCGGAUACAAACAACGAGGACAGCUGCGCAGACAAAGACGACACAUCGGACGAUUCUGCAAGCAUGGAGAUGCCAGCAGACGAGCUGGAUCUGGAGGUGUGGCAAGACCUGGAAAGAGAUCCUGCCGUCAGAGCGAAGCUGCGGCAAAUGAGCGGCGAAGAGGACGACGAAGACGACUGUGAUAAGGAUGAGAAGGUUUGCCUGCACAUUACGGAGUACUUCUCAGCUGCCCUCAGCAAGUUCCUACCAAGCCGAGAAGCGAACUGCGAGCAUCCAAACACGGACACGACGGCCGAGCCGCUGGCCGGGAUCGUGCGGAAGCACUUGUCUGGCGCUGUGGGCCUACAGCCACCCGACCUCACGACUGUGCAGACGCUCGUGGUGCUGUCGAAGUACGACUGGGGCGUCGGCUGCGGAUACCGUGUGUGGAUGUACGCCGGCAUGGCAGCACGUAUGGUGCAGUCGCUGAUGGUGCUAACACGACCGUCGAAACUGUCGGCCAUCAAGCGCGAUGAGCACAGCCGCAUGUUCUGGAGCUGCUUUGUCCCGCGACUGUCAGCUGUUUCACGGCCGCACGCGCGCAAAUUUGAGGCCCUCGAAUACUCUAUCCACGACCCGAGCGGACAGCCGCCGACAGAGGGCGAGGUCAUCUUGCCGGCCAGCUCGGCUGGUCAGAGGCCGUCACGAAGUGAUUUUAGCACGACCGACGGCAUGGUCUUAUCGGUCUUGUUCAGCCCCAGCAGCAUCCAUGACGUGGAGGCGGAAGAGCCAAGCCAGCCCCAGCCGCUGUGGGGGGAGCAGCACACUAUUCCGUUUGCCCUCGAGGGACUGCCGCUGGACUACAACCUCGAUAUGCUGGACAUGUAUACAACGUGA